GCCACGCUGCGGGAUGACAGCAACCCAAGGCGAAAGCGUUUCCUGCUGGCAUAAGGCUCGGUUGGCGGGAUAAGAAACUUGGGGGGCCGCAUAGGGUCGCGAGGGGUAUCGUAAAGCUAUAAAGUGGGCAGGCUGCCCACAUGCUGCCUUCUCGAUGUCGCUCAGCAUCGCAGCAAAGCAAGUACUCUUCCAGCCUAAGCAACCAGCAAGCUUCACGAUACACCAGUCGAAUCCAUUCAUACCAUAUCAGUUGUAAUCGAACAUAAUGUCGUCCAAGAAGCUGCUCACGAUCUUCGGCGCCUCUGGCAAUCAGGGAGGCAGCGUGAUCGACUUCGUGCUCUCCUCGGGCAGCCUUCAAGCAAAGUAUGCUCUUCGCGGCAUCACCCGCGACCCAUCAAGUAGCAAGUCGCAGGCGCUUGCCAGCAAAGGCGUGGACAUGGUCAAGGCGGAUAUGAAUGACAUCGACUCCUUGAAGACUGCCAUUCGCGGUUCCUAUGGCGUCUUCGGGGUCACUGACUUCUGGGCCGUCUUGUCUAAGGAAAUUGAGGUUCGCCAAGGCAAGAACAUCUUCGACGCUGUCAAGGCGGAGGGAGUAAAGCACUACAUUUGGAGCAGUCUGCCGUGGACGGCCAAGGUGUCUAACGGAAAGUACACGCAUAUCGAUCACUUCGAUGGUAAGGCAGAGGUAGAGGAGUAUGUCGAGAAGGGCAAAGGCGAUAUGAUCGCCUCCUACUUCAUGCCGGCCAUCAACGGCACACCCAUGCUGAACAUGCCGUUUCCGGAUUCUAUCGCCUGGCCAUUGAUGGACCCACGUCGUGACAGUGGCAAGUACAUUAUGGGUCUCUUUGAAGGCGGCGAUGCUGCCAACGGUGUCGAAGUCCAGGCCGUGUCAUUCUGGACCACGCCGAAGGAAGUUGUGGCAGCGUAUAGCAAGGCUUCUGGCAGAGAUGUCGUCUUCAACACUAUUCCUGGGGAGAUGUUUGCCAGCUAUCUACCGGAAAACAUCAGAGAUGAGCUGACAGAGAUGGUGGAGUAUAUCGGCGAGUACAGCUACUAUGGGAAAGGCACAGAGAAAGAGCAGGACAAGCAUGAUAAGUGGAUUGUGCCUGGCGUCGUGGAGAAGGUGAGCAUGGAGGAGUGGGCGCAGGAGAACGGACCAUUUAAGUGGUGAGGGUUACUUAGGUAGAUCCACAAGCAUGCUUGCAUGGAGACAAGCCUCUAGGGGUUCCAGUCCUGCUUUUCCUCUUCGACAGCUUCGUUUGACAGCACACUGGUAUUGUUCUUCAGUCGUCGCGCUGCAGCAUGCCUGCCACUCUCGUGUAGCUCACCGCAUUGGGAAGUGGAGCGCUCCUGAUCUCGUGCAAGGGCCGGCAGUUUCCAGGCGGUGCGAAUAUUCCCCGCCACCCAAUCCAAAUGGUCCUGCCGAAAUGCGCACACUUGGAGCUUCCCUGCAGAU